AUGUCGGGCCCCGGGCCGCGGGAGCCGCCGCCUGAGGCUGGCGAGGCGGGCCCCGAGGGCGCGGGCGGCGGGGACGCGGCGCUGGGCGAGCCGGGGCUGAGCUUCACCACCACCGACCUGAGCCUGGUGGAGAUGACGGAAGUGGAGUACACGCAGCUGCAGCACAUCCUCUACUCGCACAUGGAGGCGGCCGACGGCGAGCUCGAGGCGCGCCUGGGCUCCGCGCUGCUGGCCGGCCCGGGCGCGGGCGCGGGCGCGGCGGGCUCGCUGGCCUCGGCGCCGCCCGUGUACCCGGUGCUGUGCCCGCCGCUGUCGGCCGACGCCCCGUGCCUGGGCCACGUCGACUUCCAGGAGCUGCGCAUGAUGCUGCUGGGCGAGGCGGGCGCGGCCGAGAAGACCCCGGGCGGCGCGGACGGGACGCGGGCGCGGGGCGACAGCUCGGCCAAAGAGGGCGCCGGCCCCGGCCCCGGCCCCGCGGGCCCGGAGGGCGCGCCCGAGGCCCGGGCCAAGCCGACCGUGCGCGUCCGUCUGGAGGACCGCUUCAACAGCAUGCCAGCCGAGACGCCGACGCCGCGCGGCCCCGAGCCUGCGGAGCAGGGGGUGGCGCUCAACAAUUUGGUAACUCUUAUUCGACAUCCAUCUGAAUUAAUGAAUGUUCCUCUUCACCAGCAACAAAACAAAUGUACGACCUUAGUGAAAAAUAAAACUGCUGCUGCCACGACUGCUUUGCAGUUCACCUACCCUCUGUUUACAAGUGCCUGCCCCGCUGGUGGGAAUUCCAGCCUUGCACAAUCGCAGAGUUCUAGUAACUCAUGUUCUAUACUGGAGGCUGCCAAGCACCAGGAUAUCGCACUGCCUAGAGCAUUUUCUUUCUGUUACCAGCAAGAGAUUGAAUCCACUAAGCAGACUGUAGGUGGUAGGAACAAAACCUUGCCAGAGCAGGUUUGGAUUAAAGUGGGAGAAGAAGCGCUAUGCAAACAAGCAGUAAAUAAGAGGAACCGGAGUAGAAUCCGCCAGUUGGACUCAAGUGUGGAGCGAAGAGCCCUUGGAGAGAUUCAGAAUGUGGGUGAGGGCUCAACACCCUCACAGGCUGCCUGGCAGUCCUCGGAAUCUUCACAGUCCAACCUGGGAGAGCAGACACAAAGUGGACCCCAGGGAGGGAGAUCUCAGCGCCGGGAGAGGCAUAACCGAAUGGAAAGAGAUAGAAGGCGCAGAAUCCGCAUUUGCUGUGAUGAGCUGAAUCUUUUAGUUCCAUUCUGCAACGCGGAGACAGAUAAGGCAACAACGCUUCAGUGGACUACAGCAUUCCUAAAGUACAUUCAGGAAAGACACGGGGAUUCUCUGAAAAAGGAAUUUGAGAGCGUGUUUUGCGGUAAGACUGGCAGAAGGCUAAAGCUGACCAGACCUGACUCCCUGGUGACCUGUCCUGCACAGGGCAGUCUGCAGAGCAGCCCUGCCAUGGAGAUCAAGUGACUGGACUGACCCAGGGCCUGGGAGAGAAGCAGUGUUCCUACAGCAUCGCACACGCGUCUGCUAUCCCAGAGCUCUGCCCGGACAGUCCUAGAGAGGGACGUGGCUCCGGUGAUGGGACUGCAGUAGGGACUUUGAGAGCACAUUUUGUGAAUGUAUUUACCUAGAACAAAAUACCCACUGAUGUCUGAAUGACCAUUUGGGGAUGAAGACAUCUUGAUAAUUAGUUUUUCAAUUAUCUGACACCAUCAUGUGUUCUUAACAUGACAACUUCAAAAUGAACAUCCUUGGUGACUUCAGUCUUAAGACCACUAGUCUUAAGACUAAAGAAAACAUUUCAUUUUACUUAUUUUAUUUACAUUUUAAAUAUGCCCCUUUUAGCAAUUGGAAGAAGGUAAAUUGUUGUUAACUAGAAGUGGUUUGGAGGUUUUAUUUUGUUUGUUAUAGCACUCCCCAUACUUCCAGUCUCGAGUCUCUAUACUGGAAAAUGCAGCACCAUUUUGAAACUUUUUGCUAAGGAUUUUCCAGAGACUUCCUUUAAAGCUACUUUUGUCCAUAAACAUUUUCUCAGUAAUUGCUUCAAUGCCCAUACUUUCAUAUUGUGAGUCAUUGCUUUAUGUGUAAUAAACUGUGCAUUUGGAACAUAA